UUAUCUUCAUAUUGCAUUUUCUUGAAAUUUCUUUGAAGUUACUUCGGUUACUUAUUUCUAUUAGUACUUUAGUAGUAACUGUUUCUAUAUUGUGGUGGACAAAGAUCAUGUUCUUGACUAUGGAAACUUGUAAUAUUCAUCUCCAUAUCACUUUCGCUCUAAAUAUGUACUUCAUCAGUUCAUUGCUAGGAUUCAAGAUACCAACACUCGCUUCAAUUCUUGAAAUUUAAAGAAGGAGAAGAUAUGAUCAAGAGAAUCAGCGGACGUUGAAAUAACACUGUCAUUUGUGAUUUGUGAGGGGACAGCUUAAAUUGGACUCUUGCAUAGGGCUUUGGGCAUAUUGUACAUGGGUGCUACUAUGUAUGUGGUCACUGGUUCUCUUAGUUUGUCAAAGGUCAAGCAUCCUCUUAGUUUUUUUAAUUUUAUGAAGUAGAUGUAUUGUUGGCAUGAAGAUACUAAGUGUACAAAAGAGAUGCUGUCAAAUUCAUUACAAUUGUCUAUGCUACAAAAAGGUUAUACAAAAAUAUUUAGAAUGUUAGCCCAGUCCCCAAUGAGGCAAAAGACUAUUUUAUGUGCAACUUCCUCUUAGGCUUGUAUAUGUGCUUUAGUAUUCUUCAAUAACUGAACCCAUUGUCUUGGAUUUGAUCAUUAGAUAUCUCAAGCAGUUCUCGUUAUCUAUUCAUCUUUCUAUCAUUUACACUCCAAAUUGUUCUCCGUUAUGAAUAUGUACUAUGCCAAUGCAUUUCUACGGUUCAAGAAACCAAGACUCGCUUCAAUAUGGCGGCGCCUGACAGAGUUAAAUAAUUCCAUGUUGCCAUUAUUUUUCUUGAAAUUUAAAGAAUGAGAAGGUAACUCAUGAGGAUUUCCCGUUGAUACAUAUAACUGUAUUUGUUAUGUUACUUAUGUAGAUCAUAUGAUUAUUUAGUUACUUUGAUGGGAUUAUUUCUAUUAGUAGCUGCAUUAACUGUUUCUAAAUUGUGCAGGGACAAAGAUCAUGGUUACAAAUACUGUCAGUUGUGCAAGGACAACUAUUUCUGUUAUGCGACUGGUUCUCCCGUAUUCUCACAUUUGUCAAAGAUCAAGCUUCCUCUUAGGACCGAUGAUUAGUCCUUGGGGCUCUCUGAACCAGAUACGGAGAUGCUAUGUCUAUGCUAUACUCAGUAGCUACAAGAUUAGAGCCGGCAUUGCACCUGUCUGAUAACAUCUUUACAAAGUAUAGUGAUUUUACAGUCAACAGUAUGUCUAUUCAAGUGCAAAUCCACGGAGCUGAACUCCUUCCUCAGAGUCUGAUGUUCUUGAGAUAUCAAGGAAGCAUGGGAUGAUAACAACACGGUCAUUGAGUGGGCAGCCACUAAGGUGAUGAAAACAUUGUUUACAAGAAAGCCAACUUGUGUGUACUGCACGUGAGUAAUAUAUUUGCAAUCCUUAUCAUUCACUUCUUGUUCUUUGUGUGCUUUGAACAAAGGAAACGGUUUCCAUGGCUCGUGCUUCUGUUUCUAAGGAGGAAUGCAUCAAAGGACUUCUUGAAGUUGGGAAUGAGCUACUUCAGCAACCCCCAUCUUCUAAAGAGGAGCUUCUGGAGAAACUUGAUAACUUGGAGCAUCUUUUGUCAAUGGUGAAGCAAGUUCCCCCUGCAUCGGUGCGAGAUGCUAUUAAGCCUGCAAUGGAAGCACUGGUUACAGAUGGAGUUCUACGGCAUCCUGACAUAGAUGUGAAGGUGUCAGUUGCAUCUUCCAUGAGUGAGAUCAUUAGAAUUACAGCUCCAGAUCAACCAUAUAAUGAUACCAGACUUGAGGACUUUUUUGAGCUUGCAGUUUUGGCAUUUGGGAAAUUGUCUUGCUUGGAGGGUCGCUGUUAUUCAAAGGCUGUCUCAAUUAUUAAAGUUCUUGCGAAGUACCAAACGUGCGUGCUGAUGUUGGAUCUCCAGUUAGAUGCAUUGAUUGUUCAGAUGUUUCAACAUUUUUUAAAUAGUAUAAGGCCGGAUCACCCUGAUGAAGUAUUCAUGAACAUCAAAGAAAUAAUGACCAUGAUAAUAAAAGAGAGUGAUGAUAUUCCAAUGCAGCUUCUGAACAUCCUUGUGAGCAUCCUCAUAAGUAGUGUAAAGAAGGAAAAUCAGAAUGUUUCACCUCGUUCCUAUGUGCUGGGAGAGAAAGUUCUUCAAGAAAGUGCUGUCAAACUUUAUCCAUAUCUUCAAAAAGCAGUGACUGACCUUGGCAUUUCCUUUAACAACUAUUCAGAAGUUGUUGAAUUAAUGUGGAGGGAGGCGAUUAAAACUAAAGCUAUGGUGGAAAGUGCUCCGGAAGAGCUUGCACCACAUGCUGCGCAUAAGAACGAUGAUGUUGUUGUAGAGACAGUUUCAUCGUUAAAGGAAUCAGAAGCAACCAACGAAGCAGUAGAUCCAGAAGCUACUCAAACUUCAAAGAAAAGAGGUUGGAAACCUACUUUUUUGAAUAAAGCAGAGGAAGGAUAUGAUGAUGCUUGGAUAAGUGGAGAAAGGAGAUCAACUAUAAGACGGCGGUCAUCAGUUGGUGAAUCAAGAGCUGAGGUACUGGGUUCUGUCUCAAACACCAAAGAAAUCAAUUUCCCCAAAGCCUGUAAAAAACAACGUAAACAACGGAAAAGGAGGAGGAAGUACUUUCCAUCACAAGAAGAGGGGAAAGCAGCUGAUGAUCUGGCUCCUCCAACAACGACCAAGCAGCAUAAUUUAACUCCAAAACGAGUGCGCCAAAAUAAUGAAGUCAAGGUGGAUGUGCAUGGCUAUAAAGUAAAAGUUAGCAGUGCUCCCAUAUUGACUGCCAUUUUUGCCAAGUAUGGUGACAUUGCAAUCAAUUGUCACUACAAAUCAUUGGCUUCCAGAGCUUCCCUUCUUGAUCUAGUUUGUGAUGUUGUAAAGAGUCUGAAAGCUGGUGAUGUUGUUUCUUCAUCAAUGAAACAGAUGAAAUCUUUUGUCUCUACUGCCGUGGAAGUCGAGCUUGAUGUAGCUUGGCUGCAGCAGUAUCUGGAUGAGAUUUCAAAAGAGGAGGAUAUGGAGAAAAGGUUACAUAUGGAUAUCGAUAUCCUUCUUCAUUGAAUUGUGGAGCAAGACAUCAAUUU